UCCAAUUCAAUCAAAACAGCCUUUACAUUCCUCUUACUGUACGAUAAAAAAAAUUUUUAUGUUAAAAUACUCAAUAAUACUCUUCACGAUUCAUCUGUCUUUGGAUUAGCACGUUUUUACCGAUUUUUCACGGACUGACGUCAUUUCCUAUAAAAAUCGGAUUCGAUUCGCUAAAUCGGCAUGCAAGUUUCGAAAAGCUCGGCGCGGCGGGUCAAAUUUAUUUAUCGUUAAUAAUUCGAGGUGCCGGCCGGUUCGGUUCUCGGCGACCGGCGCUACUCUGUGGCCAGUCCGGGAAUUCGCUCCGAUGAGGGUGCACGCGUCUCGAUCGCUGGACACGACGAACGCGCGUACGCGAGUGAAUUCAAAAACUAACGAGAACGAAAUUUAAAAAAAAAAAACAAAAACUUUUUUUUUCGUAUUAGUGAAGGUGUGAACAUGAGGUGUUUUAUUGUGUUUUUGAGCGUGGUCGCGGUGGUCAGGGCCGCAGCCGGAGCCGCCACUUCCUGCGCCCAGUCUGAGGCUUACUUCUCCAGACACAAUAUAUCAGCUGGUGACGACCAAGAACCAGGUCAAAUAUGCGGUGGUCAGUGCUGUGGUCGAGGGCGGGAAGCAAACCUCAGAGCAGCAUUACGCCGAACAGCUGUAGAGAGCAUUGCAAUAUCCACCGUAAGGACUGCUGAACUAAUGCUCUCCACCAGGCGGACGUUGCAAGAGCAUCUCUUGGGACUAUCGCAUCGAUCUCAGAACAAAACAGCGGUACUCUUCACGCAAUUGUACCGCGGGCACGCGACGAGGACUCACACUCCUCUUGCGACCCUCUAUGACGACAUACGAACUCUCCUACGAUCGAGCUCAGAGCAUGACGUCAUAACCGACAUCGUCAACACGAGGCAUCCUAAAGACUUGGUCACCAGCGCAAGGAAGUUUUUCAGAGAUCUAUUCCCGGUUGCGUAUCAAAACGCACUCAGACUAGACUCGAAGCAGUUCACGCCGGAGUACGAAGCCUGCCUCAAAGAUGCCUAUGACGCCGUCCAGCCCUUCGGGGAAGUUCCGCAACAGCUCGGCGUUUCCCUGUCUCAGUCUCUGGAGGCAGCGCGAGUGCUCUUGGACAUGCUCGCGGUGGGCGCCGGCGCUCUGACCUCCGCCAACCACGUGCUCACCGGUAUUAACGAGGAAUGCUCCAACAAGCUACUCCAGGCCGCUGGGUGUGCGCGCUGCGCUGGAUUCGACGCGAGACCAUGCAGGAACUACUGCUUGAAUAUCGCUCGAGGGUGUAUUGGAUCUCUCUUGGUAGAGCUAGACGGGCCAUGGUCUAGCUACGUGGAAGGAGUGGAGCAGCUCACCAGGAUAGAUGCUGACGUCGCACUACGAGAACUCGACACCAAAGUAUCAAAAGCGAUAAUGUACGCUCUCGAGAACAGAAACAUUUUGGAGAAUAAGGUACGUCAAGAAUGUGGUCCUCCGUCGACUGUGGACUCCGGCCUCACGCCGGCCCCACCCACACCUGGUUCAGUGAGACGAGACGACUUCCGAGCGCCGCCUCCGGACACGGAGCUUCUCCAAUUUGCAGCGACCCUCGCUUCCACAAAGAGGCUGUUCAGCACUGUCGCGGACAGGCUGUGUGACGAGACCGACUUCGUUGAUGACGUCAAUGAACACUGUUGGAACGGACAGGCCAUUGGCGAAUACACGAAACCAUUGGUGCCUUCAUCGACACUUAACAACCAGAAGUAUAAUCCUGAGAUCACACUGAACCCACCACAGGACCCGCGUCUUCUUAACAUUGCCGAUAGACUGCAGCAAGCCAGACAGCUGCUGAUCUCACACGCGGGGACCGGGGGGGCGCAAGCUGAGGCUUUCAUGCAGGGAGAUGAGGCAGGCGAAGAAGGGUCCGGCUCUGGUCGAAGUUAUCCCGAAGACGACGGAUCUUAUGACGCCGAGGGCUCAGGUGAAGAGGGAUCUGGCUCCGACGACGAUGUGAGCAGAACAAUGGCCGGCGAGAAUCGAGGAGGCUCCGCGACGUAUUCUUCGACUGAACGAACGCAAGCCGCCACUAACACACGACCAUUCCUCUCAGUUAUAUUUGCAACACUGAUCUUAGCUGCUUUUGGACAAUGCGUUACAUAGGACGGGCUAAUUUCCCGCUUUCUGAAUAGUAAUAAGCACAGGCACUAGAAUGUAUACUGGGAAUUAAAAUGCUGACAACACAAGUACACAAACGCGAGCUCGCUGUUGCCAAUUACUAAUCUACUAAAUAAACUCAAUUGUCGCCACGAGGAAUCCGCGAACACACAGCCGGUUCUCAAUAGUACGCGCGUACACAACCAAAAAAAUAUGUACAUACUAUUUUUGUGAAACAAUAAUAAAUUAUAGUUCAAAUCAGUCAAGCUACAAACUAUAGCUCAAAACACAUAUUGUGAGUUAACGUAGUCUUGGUGUAUGAUAUGUGGUUAGCUCAAGCAAAGCAAGCUAACCAUAGAUAAUACACAUAUUUCUUUUGAUUCCAUAAUUUUUUCAAUUUUAUUUAUUGAAAGCAUUGGCAACACGGCCAUCAGCUUAAACUAAAAUUACAAAAAAAUAGAAAAUGAAC